AUGGCCACUGAGAUCCGUGCUCGGGGCGGACAGCGUACCAUUGGGCACGAGGAGUACAGCCUGUACAGCAGCCUGAGUGAGGAUGAGCUGGUCCAGAUGGCCAUCGAGCAGAGCCUGGAUGACAAGACUCGGGGCCCUGCCACUGCUGAAGCCACUGUGUCCACACGUGCCAAUCGCCAACCUGCCCAUUUCUACCCAUGGACCAGGUCCACUGUGCCGCCGGAGAGCCCGCCGGCCUCGGCCCCCAGGGGCCUGUUCCAAGAGGUCAUGAAGAAAUACAACCGCGGCAAGGCCUCCCAGCUGGCGCCCGUGGACCCCGUGCUGAAGGCCAUCAAGGAUGGCGAUGACGAGGCCUUGAAGGCUAUGAUCAAGGAGGGGAAGAACCUCGCAGAGCCCAACAAGGACGGCUGGCUGCCGCUGCACGAGGCGGCCUACUACGGCCAGCUGGGCUGUCUGAAGCUCCUGCAGCGAGCAUACCCAGCAGUCAUCGACCAGCGCACCCUGCAGGAGGAGACGGCCCUUUACCUGGCAACGUGCAGGGGACACCUGGACUGCCUUCAAUCCCUGCUUGAGGCUGGGGCUGAGCCCGAUAUCUCUAACAAGUCUAGAGAGACACCGCUCUACAAAGCCUGCGAGCACAAGAACGUGGAUGCCGUGAGGAUUCUGGUGCAGUACAAAGCGGACACCAACCACCGCUGCAACCGAGGCUGGACGGCGCUGCACGAGUCCGUUUCUCGCAACGACCUGGCGGUCGUGGAGAUCCUGGUGAGCGGAGGCGCCAAGGUGGAAUCCAAGAACGCCUACGGCAUCACCCCUUUGUUCGUGGCUGCCCAGAGUGGGCAGCUGGAGGCCCUGAGGUUCCUGGCCAAGCAUGGCGCUGACAUCAACACGCAGGCCAGCGACAACGCGUCCGCCCUCUACGAGGCCUGCAAGAACGUGCACGAGGAGGUGGUGGAGUUCCUGCUGUCGCAGGGCGCCGACGCCAACAAGGCUAACAAGGACGGCAUGCUCCCACUGCACAUCGCCUCCAAGAAGGGCAGCUACAGGAUCGUGCAGAUGCUGCUGCCGGUGACCAGCCGCACGCGCCUGCGCCGGAGCGGCAUCAGCCCGCUGCACCUGGCGGCCGAGCGCAACCACGACGCGGUGCUCGAGGCGCUGCUGGGCGCGCGCUUCGACGUGAACGCGCCGCUGGCGCCCGAGCGCGCGCGCCUCUACGAGGACCGCCGCAGCUCGGCGCUCUACUUCGCCGUGGUCAACAACAACGUGUACGCCACCGAGCUGCUGCUGCUCGCCGGCGCCGACCCCAACCGCGACAUCAUCAGCCCCCUGCUCGUGGCCAUCCGCCAAGGCUGCAUGCGCACCAUGCAGCUGCUGCUGGACCACGGCGCCAACAUCGACGCCUACAUCGCCACGCACCCCACCGCCUUCCCCGCCACCAUCAUGUUCGCCAUGAAGUACCUGUCGGUGCUCAAGUUCCUCAUGGACCUCGGCUGCGACGGCGAGCCCUGCUUCUCGUGCCUGUACGGCAAUGGCCCGCACCCGCCCCCCCCGCCGCCCUCCAACAGGUUCAACGACGCGCCCGCCACCGACAAGGCGCCAGGCGUGGUCCAGUUCUGCGAGUUCCUGUCAGCCCCGGAGGUGAGCCGCUGGGCGGGACCCAUCAUUGACGUCCUCCUGGACUAUGUGGGCAACGUGCAGCUCUGCUCACGGCUGAAGGAGCACAUCGACAGCUACGAGGACUGGGCCGGCAUCAAGGAGAAGGCAGAACUUCCAAGACCUCUGGCUCACCUUUGCCGGCUGCAAGUUCGAAAGGCCAUCGGGAAAUACCGUAUAAAACUCCUGGAUACGUUGCCGCUCCCGGGCAGGCUGAUUCGGUACCUGAAAUAUGACUACAGCCAGUAGCCAGUGCAGGAGUGACUCCUCAGACUGUUUCACUAAGUCUCAGGACAGUGGUGUCCCCAAAUCCAAGGGGACCUGGCGACAGAUGAGGCUGUGGGCGGUCUCCCUCUCUGCUGGGGCAGCCACCGUGACCUCGCCAGGUCUCUGGGCCGGAGCUUUGCCCAGAGCAGAGGACAGAAUGUGUCAAGCAGGAGAAAAACCGUGUUUGUUUUCAAACUGAGUAGAUCCAGACCUUCUCUGCCAUCGGGAU